UUGUCCCUUGCCGUGACUGUCUAUCUCCCUUCUAAUCGCACAGUGUUUGUUUUCACUUUUUUUUUUUUGUCUCUCGUAUUUCUUCCUUUUUUCUUUCUCAAAAACUCUCUUUUUUAGUAGAUUUUAAUUUAAUAAUUUCAUCAAUUGAUAGAUUCAAUAUUGUUUAACGUGGUUUGAGUGGGCUCUUAUCCCCCCCACCCUGGUUUUGGGUGCUGAAAGUCGAAAUAUUGUUAUAAAAUGAGUUGUUUGGACUUUCAUUAGUGUAAUUUCUUUGUUGGUUUAAUUUUUUACUUGGUAUUGGUAUUUUUUAUUUGGAAAAUGGGUUGGUCUUGGCUAGUUCUUACGGGUCUAAAGCUUGAUCCUUUUUGCUUAAUUUAUGGGUAUUUGAGUUAGGGAUGUGAUAUUAUCAGCACAGAAGCAUGAAAAGUAUCAAACCUGGAAGCUGCUAUUUUUACAGAACUACUUGAUUUAGUCAGCUGUGGCCGCCACUUGAAGAUUUUAAAAAAUGGACUCUCAAUGGGACUACAAGAACUUUGGAAAUGCCCCACCAGGACAAAGCAGCGUCACAAAGCCACAAGAGAAUCCUUUCUUGAUCCGCCAGUCUUCAGUGUACUCGUUAACCUUCGAUGAGUUCCAAAAUACCUGGGGUGGUGGGCUGCGGAAGGAUUUUGGAUCAAUGAACAUGGAAGAACUAUUGAAAAACAUAUGGACUGCCGAAGAGACUCAAGCAAUGACAAAUACACUUGGUGUGGGGAGUGAAGGAAGUGCCCCGGGUGGGAAUUUGCAGAGACAAGGAUCUUUAACUUUGCCUAGGACACUAAGUCAAAAGACUGUUGAUGAGCUUUGGAGAGACCUGAUCAAAGAAACUAGUGGUGCUGCUGAAGAUGGGAGUGGUAGUGCGGGAUCCAAUUUACCACAAAGGCAACAGACUUUAGGAGAGACAACUUUGGAGGAGUUCUUGGUUAGGGCCGGGGUAGUGAGAGAGGAUACUCAACAAAUUGGAAGGCCUGAUAAUAGUGGAUUCUUUGGUGAACUAUCCCUGCUAAACAACAACAACGACUCUAGUUUGGCCAUUGGGUUUCAACAGCCAAAUGGAAACAAUGGGCUCAUGGGAACUUGGAGAAUGGAGAACAAUGGUAAUUUAGUUGCUAACCAGCCUCCUAGUUUAACACUCGAUGCAGGUGGAAUCAGACCCACUCAGCAACUACCGCAGUCACGGCAGCUGUCACAGCAGCAGCAGCUGCUCUUCCCCAAGCCUGCAGCAACUGUGGCAUUUGCAUCCCCUUUACAUUUGUCAAACAAUGCUCAGCUUGCUAGCCCUGGAGUGAGACGAUCGGUUGUUGGAAUUGCAGACCGAUCUGUGAACAAUGGUCUAGCUCACAGUGGAGGAAUGGGAAUUGUUAGUUUAGCAACUGGAGGCGUUACAAUUGCAACAGGAUCUUCUGCAAAUAGGGUAUCACCGGAUGUGAUUGCGAAGAGUAAUGCUGAUACAUCUUCACUAUCGCCAGUUCCAUAUGUAUUUAGCCGGGGAAGAAAAGCCAGCACAGCUCUGGAGAAGGUUGCUGAGAGAAGGCAGAGGAGAAUGAUUAAAAACAGAGAAUCAGCUGCAAGAUCACGGACUCUCAAGCAGGCCCAUACACAAAAGCUGGAAGAUGAAGUUGCAAAACUCAAAGAACUGAACGAAGUAUUACAGAGAAAACAGGCUGAAAUAAUUGAAAUGCAGCAAAAUCAGUUCUUCGAGACGAAGAAAGCGCAAUGGGGAGGUAAAAGACAAUGCUUGCGAAGGACAUUGACAGGGCCUUGGUAGAGUUGAUAAAUUGAUUGUGGAUAGCAGAAGCAGUGUUUGAGCAUGCAUUCUUAGCCAUUUGUGUGGUGAGCAUGGAGGUAGGCUCCUGAGUGUUACAAUGUUAGCCUAAAAACUUCCACAAAUUUGCCUUUUGUGUUACCGAGAUUGGAUUUCUAUGUUCUAAUGUUUCUGGAAGAUGGAUGCAUACCUAACAGGUGUAGCUAGCCUAUGCAAAGCAGUAUGCUAUUGAUUGGGUAGCGUGGUCAUAUUUUAUUUUGGCAAUUGGUAUAAACUGUAUUAUGGCAAGAAAGUUUCCAGGCUUUCCAUUUUCUUUUAACAAACAGUGAAAAUCAAUGAGCAGAGUUGCCUCAAA